AUGUCUGACCUCCUCAGCUCGCGCUGGGCCCCCAGCGCGAGCGAGUCAGCUUCAUAUCCAUCAAGAUCAAGAUCCCUCCGCCGCCCACGCUCAGAGAACCGUAUUCGCUCAACCGCAACACCAUCCCCCACCAACAAUAAAAACGAAUACAAAUACACAAACACAAACACAAAAACAAACACAUACGGGAACCAAAGAGGAGGGCCAGGAUCAGGAACUCCCCUCGCACCAGCAGAGGAAUUAUCUCGAUUCAUGAAAAUCGUCGCUCGACUACGAUGGAAGCUUCCCUUCCUAGCAGAAGGCUACAGACGAGCAACGCUGACCGUUGACGGUGUCAUUACUUCUGCGGAGGAGGUCGCUCACUCCGAGAUUAUGUUUAAGAUUGAUUUUCAUGAAUACUACGCUUUACUUGAGCGAGCUAUCGUUCAUCUUUUGGCUGUGUUUAAUAUCUCCGUUUCUUCUGUGGGUGGACGGAGUGGUUCCGGUUCUGGUUCUGGUGUUCAAGUUGGUGGAGGGUCGGGCUCGGCGGGUGUUCAUCGCUUCCAUGCGAACGUUUUACAAGCGCUACAGGAGGAGAGUACGCCUUUAGCUCCUGUUUUGGGAACUGGGCAUGUCCACGAGUUGUUGAAGAAGGCGAAGGAGUUACGGAAUCGAUGGAAAGCGGCUGAUAUGACGGAUGAAGAACGGGAGAGGGAUCCCUUUGAAAUGGGAAGAAGAGUUUUGCCGCUGGCUAGCUUUGAUUUUGAUGAGAUCUUGACUGGGGUUUUCAACGGGUUGGAGAAGGCGUAUAUCCGUGCUCAAGCACAUGUGGAUCUUUGCAAGAAGCCUGGGGAAGAGGAGAAGACUGAUGCAGAAUCGGAUUGGGGGUUUAUGGUCGAUGCUAUGGAUUGGGAGGCUGUUUGA